GGUCUUGAGGCGGGGUCGGCAGCUCCCACCGGCUGUGGCACAGACCCUCCCGGACAGCCCUGCCCCGGGGUCCGGCCGCCUGGAUGAGAGCGUGCCGGGGUGUUUCCUACCCCUUUUAAUCACGUUGUGGGUGGCUGGGAGAUGCCCCAGCUGGUAAUCAAGCGCUGGAAACCAGGACAACGGUUACGUCCGGCUGCUGCGGCGGCAGGUGGAAGAGGUGUUCCGGGACAAUCGGAUGAUUGCCGUCUGUCAGUACAACUCCAUGCCUGCCGAGGACGUGGUGAUGAUGAGGCACUACCUCCGAAAGCACAACAUUGAGGUCAAGUUUGUCCUGAACGAGAUUGCCAGACCCGUGCUGUCCCAGUCCAAGUACAAGAAUCUCCUCCCUCUCUUUGUGGCGCGCAAUAUCCUGCUGGUGAGCCGGGAAGCGAAGGUGAAGGAGAUGCUGCGGGUGCUGAAGGGAGUGCCGCAGGUCAACCUCCUGGGCGCCUGCAUCGACAACGCCAUCCUGAGCAGGCAGGGAGUGGAGAACUUCGCCAAGCUGCCCUCACUGGAGGCCGCCCAGGGGCAGACGGUGGGUGCCAUCACCCUCCUGCCCUCCCAGGCGUCCUCCCUGCUCCAGCGCGGCUCCGCGCACCUCACGGCUCUCCUGGAUCAGCACAUCCGCCAGCUGCAGGCUGGGGAGACAGGGAGCCCGGCCGAGCCCGCCCCUGCCCAGACCUCGGGGGCCCACUGAUGCU